AUGACUGCGCAACAUCACUUGACACUGUAUUCAAUGUGGGCUUCCAGCUGCGCGCAGCGCUUAUGGAUAGCUUUGCACUACAAAGGGUGAGCGCGCGCGACAUGGCGGUCGCUUCAUUCCGAGCACAGAUGCGGCGCUCAAUCAUCUCCCGCUCGACACUUUCCGCAGCUUGGAGUAUGAUUUGAUACCCGUCGAUCUGGUCAAGGACGAGCACCUUGGCUCAACAUACGGGGAAAAUAUCAGUGCCCACAAGACGGUUCCCGUGCUCAAGGUGGUUCCGACGGGCUCAUCCCCCUCAGACUCUCCACUCUUUCUGCGUCAAUCACUGACGGCCCUGCAUUGGCUGGAGGAUGCUUACCCAGCUCGACCGAGUCUCCUGCCUGCUUGGCAGACGGAUCCCCUCAAACGCGCUCACGUCGAAGACCUAGUCAAUCUCAUGGCUGUCGACAUUCAGCCUGUCACCAAUCGUCGCGUGGCAUUGAGAGCAGAGGCAAUGGGAGCGACGUACGAGCAAUGGGUCUCUGAAACUUGCGCUGGCGGCUUCGACAGUGAGUGACGAGCCCGCCCCGCAAUUCGCUGGGCUUCACUCAAGCUCAUCUGAGAUCGAGAGUGCAGGCUACGAGCGUCUCGUGGCGAAAAGCGCCGGCAAAUGUGCGUAGCACCCAUCGACGCAGCGCACAGUGGCCGUUUGCAGCGCCUCUGUAGCCCUCACAUCUCCUACAUCGCCGCAUCACAGAUUCGGUCGGUGACGAGAUCACCCUUGCAGACGUAGUGCUGUAUGCUCAGGUGGACUUGGCGGUCGGAGCGUGAGUUUCGAGUCUGAUGCAGGGCCUAGCUUGUGCAGUUCCCGCGCUCAUGCUACUUGCACCCGUGCACAGCGCCAAAAUGCCCAUCGACGCAUACCCGACCGUUUCGCGCAUCUGUGUGAGGCGGGCAGGGAUGGGCGAAUCAUGCCGCAUCCAUGCCGACUGAGACGCGUACUGACAGCCUCCCUCGCGCGCUUGCUUGCUCUGCCAGGACAAUCUCAAACAGCACCCUUCAUUCGCUCAAGCUGAGAAGCGCAAGCAACCCGAUGCGCCCGCUCAAAGAGCUGCAGCGGCAAAGAGCUAG